UCGACGAAGUCAAAACUACCUGGUUCUUAAGGUGCAUCUCACGUCUAUAACAUAGAGUUACAUCUUAUAUUAAACUUCUUCCUUCAUUGAAGUUUGAAAUUUGUGGUUUGGCUGAAAUAGUUGGAAGUUUUGUUUGUACUUUGUAGUGUUUGUGAAUUGGGGGUGGUGUCGGUUCUAACUUAUUUUCCUCAAAAUAACUUGAAUCCCCUAAACAGAACCUCAAAACUUUUGUCAUGGCCUCUUGAAUUUUCAUGGCCUCUGCUCUUUUAGGUUGUAGAUCCUUAUCUAGCUCAACUUUCUUAUAUUCUCACUCUUUAAUUCAACUUCUCUCUAAACCCAACAAAAACCCCACCUCAAAAACCAGAUUUCAAUCUCUAAACUCUGCCUCUUUAUCCCUCUUAGAGGACAUCAGAAACCCCAUAUUAUUAGAAACCAGGUUUCAGCCUCAAAACUACUCUUUUUCUCUCGUAGAGGAUACCAAACACUCCCCUUCAGAGACAAACUUUCAGGGUCCAAAAGGUUCAUCUUUAUCACUCUUAGAAGACACCAAAAACCCCGAUUCAGAAGCCAGGUUUCAUACUCUAAACUCUUCGUCUCCGUUACAAGAUACUCAAGACCGAGUCUUUUUUACUGAUGAUAUUGAUGCAUACACUUCUCUCGUAGACAAUUCUUCCCAUAUCAAACACCUGAAACAGAUCCAUGGGCAUUUUCUCUCUCUCGGGCUUCAAAAAACCAUAUUUUUUGCAGCAAAAUUCAUCAAUGCCUGUUCAAAAUUCAAUGAACUCAACUAUGCAUGCCAGAUAUUCAGUGAAAUUCCACAAAGGAGUAGCUUCCUUUGGAAUGCAAUGAUUCGAAGCUAUUCUCAGCAUAGCUAUUAUGAAAAGACACUUGAAUUGUAUGUUAAAAUGCAAGAAGAGGGCGUCAGACCAGACGGGUUCACCCUCCCUUGUGUCCUCAAAGUCUGCACUGGACUCUCGGAUUUAAAUGUGGGUCGAGAGCUACAUGCUCAAAUUUUCAGGCUUGGGUUCGAAUCUGAUGUUUUCGUGCAAAAUGGGCUCGUUGCCAUGUAUUCAAAGCAUUCGCAACUAUGCAAGGCUUUCUCUAUCUUUGAAAGAAUACAUAGCAAGAGCGUAGUUUCAUGGACUUCCAUCAUUUCGGGGUAUGCACAAAAUGGUUUCCCCUACAAAGCUCUACAAAUUUUCAGAGAGAUGAAGCGUUCGAGCACCGAGCCUGACUUUAUCUCUCUGGUGAGUGCACUGAAGGCCUAUACAGAUAUUGAAAGCCUAGACCAAGGAAUGUGUGUUCAUGGGUGUGCAAUCAAAAUUGGGCUUGAAACCGAACCCGAUUUGCUCAUAGCAUUAACAGCUAUGUAUGCUAAAUGUGGUGAAGCCAAACUCGCGCGGUUGCUAUUCGAUAUGGUCUCAAACCCAUGUGUUAUAUUAUGGAAUGCCAUGAUUUCUGGCUAUGUAAAGAAUGGCUUUGCUUACACAGCCUUAGGACUUUUUCGAGAAAUGAUUCAUUCAAAGGCCAUACCAGAUUCGGUUACUAUACGCUCGGUGAUUCUAGCUUGUGCCCAAACUGGAUCUGUAGACUUGGGCAAAUGGGUUCACGAAUUCGCUAAAAGAACCCAAUUGAAUUCGGAUGUGUACGUGAUGACCACACUCAUAGAUAUGUAUGCCAAAUGCGGGUGUAUAACAAUAGCCCGAGAGCUCUUCGAUGGCAUAAUUGGGAAGGAUGUGGUUUUAUGGACAGCCAUGAUUAUGGGUUAUGGCAUGCAUGGCCAUGCUCGAGAGGCUCUCGAGCUAUAUCGAGAGAUGAGACAUAUGGGCAUGGUGCCUAAUGAUGUCACAUUUAUAGGGCUAUUAUGUGCAUGCACCCAUGCAGGCCUUGUAGAGGAGGGAUGGAGGUUCUUUGAGAGCAUGAAGAGAGAUUAUGGUAUAGAGCCAAGGCAUCAGCAUUAUGCAUGUAUGGUCGAUCUCAUGGGUCGAGCUGGUUAUGUACAAGAGGCAUAUGAGUUUAUCAUGACCAUGCCUAUGGAGCCUGAGGUCACAGUAUGGGGAGCUCUGUUGAGUGCUUGUAGGGUUUAUCGGAAUGUGAGGUUGGGUGAAUAUGCGGCAGAGAAGGUUUUUGCAGUCGAUCCGAGAAAUGCAGGGCACUAUGUCCAGCUUUCGAACAUUUAUGCAGAGGCAGGGAUGUGGGAUUGUGUCGAGAGGGUGAGGGUCUUGAUGAGAGAGAGGGGGCUCAUGAAGCCUGAGGGGCUCUCAGGAUGCAACGCUUUGUGAAGAUUUAUAGGGGCAUGGUUAUGUGAUAUGAUGCCCCUUCGUAACGUUUUAUGUUAAUCAGUAGAAGUGGCCUCAAUUUGAGUUGAUGGAAUUGACCCCUUCUUAAUGUUUUAUGUUAAUUAGCGUGUGGUUUCAAUU